CCAAAAUCUAUCCUUCUCUUUCAUAAUUUCUCCUCACUUCCUCCUCCACUUCGUCUCCAUCUCUUUGUCGAUCUCCCUCCCCCUUUCUCCCACCCCGCAUCAUGGCUGCCAGCAAUGACCUCCGGGGCUGGGUCAUGAGUGCCGUUUCUGGCGCGGCCUGCGUCCUGGGGUCGGCUGUCAUCUGUGUCGACAUCCUGCUGCGAUAUGUAUCGCGUCGGAAGGACUUCCAGAUAGUCCACAACAAUGCAUUCCUGUCAGCUUCGCUCUGCCUGAGUGCAGGUGUUAUGCUUUUCACUUCUCUCUAUAGCAUGCUUCCUACAUCGCAUAACUACCUCAUCCGCGCCGGCUGGUCCCCUUCUAGUGCGGCAUAUGUGCUCAUCGGGCUCUUCCUCAUCGGUGUCGUCGUCAUUCGGUUUGCCUCUGCACUCUUGCACCGGUACAUCCCCUCCCACGUCGUCGAUUGCGCCCAUACCCACGAACCGCAUUCGAAACUCGACCACCACCAUGAACACGACGAACAUCAUCAUGAACAUCCUGAUGGCUCACACACCUGGAAUGAGCGCACGCCCCUUCUGUCCCGCUCGUUCAAAUCCUCCCCGGCAACGAUGACCCUCCCCGGCGCGAACUUUCCCACCCAACCAGCCCUUCAGCGGCGGGAAUCGUUGCGGGAUCGCCUGACGCGGCGCUUCAGUCGGAUCGUGGGUGUCAAAGCUCAAUGCGAUGAGAACGGGCCUUGUUUCGGGUUUUCGCAGGCGUGCGGGCACGAAUGCACCAAGACCCUCCUGUCGACUCCAGAGGUGUCGGAUGUAGGCGAAACCGACGAGCUGGUGCGGCCACAGCUCCACCAACCGCGCAGUAUCACCGUCCACGUCGUCGAUUCCGCUCAGCCUAACGAUCUCGAGUCGGGUCUACCGCACCACCGGCAUCACCACCAUGAGGCCAGUUCCUCCUCGUCGCGCACCAGCCUGCUGGACGAGCCGUGCCAACCGGCGGAAGACGACGUCCCUCGCAAGCCUUCCGUAUCGACGACAGCUACGCAACAACAUCACCACCAUGUGCCCCAGAACGCGUUCUUGUCGAUCGGCCUGCAGACGUCCGUCGCCAUCGCCCUGCACAAGCUGCCCGAGGGGUUCAUCACAUACGCGACCAACCACGCAAGCCCGACCCUAGGAUUAACCGUCUUCCUGGCGCUCUUCAUCCACAACAUCAGCGAGGGCUUCGCCAUGGCUUUGCCCCUCUAUCUCGCUCUGCACUCGCGCGGCUGGGCCAUGUUCUGGUCCAGUCUGCUGGGCGGCAUCAGCCAGCCGGCUGGCGCGGGACUCGCCGCCCUCUGGAUCUGGGCCACCCGCCGGGCCAACGGCGACGAUGCUGCCGGUCUGUCGUGGGGUGUCUACGGGGGCAUGUUCGCCGCCACCGCCGGAGUGAUGACUUCGGUGGCUCUGCAGCUCUUCAGCGAGGGGUUGACCUUGACGCAUCACCGCGGGAUGUGCACUGGGUUCGCUAUUGGGGGCAUGGUCCUGAUGGGUCUGAGCUUUGCGCUGACGGCUUGACCUGUCUCUCAGUGGUGGGUGGGCGUUCAUUCAAGGGAUGACCGGAUGCGGAAACGCGGCUUGCAUUUUAACAUUCUUAUUCCUCGCCGUAUCGAUUCCGCCACGGUCUGAUUGGCGUUGAUUCUUAGGCUGAUGGUCGAAAAGCGGCUUGCAUUCUUCUUGCUCUUUAUAUACUAGACAGAGUUCCCUCAGAGAUAGCAUUCAGCGGAGUUUGGCUUUUGCGUUUUUGAUGAUUGUGAAUGGCGUGAUGAUUGUCAUGAUUGAUUGCUCAUGAUUGUGUCUGAUUAGUAGAUGAGACGUACAGUAUAUAGUAUAAGUUGCUAUACGAGAUACGAGCAUCGAAUGGGUUCCC